AGCGGCGCGGCGCCUGACCGCAGGGCUCCGCUCCGCUCCCGAGGAUGCUGCGGGGCGAUGCCCGGCGACAGGGAGGACGAGAUCUGCCAGAAAGCGCUGCAGCUGCUGGCCGAGCUGUGCUCCGUCGGGGCGGUGGAGAACGAGAACUGCCGCGAUUUCAUCUACUACCUGCGGGACAGAGCCCGGCCCCGCCUCAGCGACUCAGAUAUCUCAAUAAGCUUGCUCUCCUUAGUUGUCACAGCCUGUGGUCUUGCUCUGUUUGGUGUCUCUCUGUUCGUAUCCUGGAAGCUGUGUUGGAUCCCUUGGCGAGAGCAUGGUCUGCCAUUUGGGAACAAAGACAACAAGCAGGAAUCACUGAACUAUGCAGACACAGAGACCAGUGACCAUGACUACAGUGAGGAUUAUCUGGGUCAGCCUACAGCCUAUCCAGAGUCCUCCAUGAAGAUCAGCCAUACCUCCCCUGAUAUUCCAUUAGACACUGAGGUGGGAACGAAGGAGAACUGCAUCUACAAUGUGCGAAUGCAUCGUCAGAUCACUGAACCCACCUCUUCUGCUCGGCACAAUUCGAUCCGAAGACAGCUGAACCUCUCCAACCCGGACUUCAACAUCCAGCAGGUUCAGAAACAAGAGCAACUGACGGGGAUCGGCCGCAUUAAGCCAGAGCUGUACAAGCAAAGAUCAGUGGAUACGGAUGAUGGCCGGAGGAGUAAUAGCAAGGCAUGUGGAAAACUGAACUUUAUUCUCAAAUAUGAUUGCGAUUUAGAGCAGCUGAUAGUGAAGAUUCACAAGGCCAUCAACCUGCCAGCAAAGGACUUCUCUGGCACAUCAGAUCCAUACGUGAAGAUAUAUCUGCUUCCUGACAGGAAAACAAAACACCAGACUAAAGUUCACAGAAAGACCCUAAAUCCAGUAUUUGAUGAAGUUUUUUUAUUUACUGUCCCAUACAAUGAUCUGAACAGAAGGAAACUCCAUUUCUCUGUAUAUGACUUUGACAGAUUCUCCAGACAUGACUUGAUUGGCCAAGUGAUAGUGGAUAAUUUUUUAGAUUUGGCAGAUUUUCCAAGGGAAUGUAAUAUUUGGAAGGAUAUUGAAUAUGUCACCAAUGAUAACGUGGAUCUUGGUGACCUUAUGUUUUCACUCUGCUAUCUUCCAACAGCUGGUAGACUAACUAUUACAAUAAUAAAGGCAAGAAAUUUAAAAGCAAUGGAUAUCACAGGAGCAUCAGAUCCCUACGUGAAGGUUUCUUUAAUGUGUGAAGGAAGGCGACUAAAGAAAAGAAAAACUUCCACCAAGAGGAAUACCCUUAAUCCUGUUUACAAUGAAGCCAUAGUCUUUGAUGUCCCUCCAGAAAACAUUGACCAAAUUAACUUGUCGAUAGCAGUUAUGGAUUAUGACCGUGUAGGUCACAAUGAGGUCAUUGGAGUAUGUCAAGUAGGCAACGAUGCAGAAAGUCUAGGUCGUGACCACUGGAACGAAAUGCUCUCAUAUCCUCGGAAACCCAUUGCUCACUGGCAUCCUCUUGUAGAGGAAUCAAGUGGGGGAGGGUGUCCAGCGCAUCCAGGCUGUGCAGAGAAAUACAUACACAGCAUAUCAUUUUGGUUCCUGAAUCAGGAUUAGACUCAGCAAGAACUUCUGGAACCUCUGUGGGCACAGCCAUAGGACCCUGGAUAUUUGCUGAAUAGGACCCUCAGUCUUCUACUGUGUGAAGAGCUAUUGGUUUCAAGUAGCGUAAUGUUAUCCACUUGUAGCAUUGAUCCUCCAACUGACAUUAUUGCAACUGAUAGAUUAUUUAUAUGGUCAUAAGCAUUACCCAAAUUCAAAUCAUCAUUUCUGUUCAUUAGAAUAACCCAGGUUUUACAAGCAAAAUGAUAGCAACGAAAACCAACAAAUAUGAGAAGCAGCAACAAACACAGUCCUUGUAUUUGCAAAAAAGGUGCAGUAUUGUGAAUGGAUAGCUUUCUAAAUAUUUUUUCAAGAAUAAUUAUGGUCAGACAUUUAUUUUUGGAUGACAAAAUGCGUCCUCAGUCUCAUUUGGUGCUUCCUUUCACUUACAUGAAAACAAAUUAAUAUGGUUGCUUGAAGAAAUCCUUCAAAUGUGAAAAAACUGUAAAAAAGUUGUGUUGGGUGAGAACAAGGUGCAUAUUGUAUUUGUAAUGGCAGUAUGUUCUUUUAGAAAGAAGAUAAUCAUCUGUAUAACAUGGAGGUUUUUAGUUCUCAGCCUUUGUAGAUGAUAUUCCAGUCAAUAUUUCUUAGUUGGGUCCACAACACUGCAAAAUGUUGGAAGCAUGUCACAGGUG